GUUUCUCUCUCGCUCUCUCUGCUUCCGCUGGUGUCUUUAGCUCUGUAGAAAGGAAAGAUGGAGAACUCCGACGGCCUGAAGCAGCAGCUGCUGGGAGAAGGAAACAGCAAGGAGAGGGAGGAGUUCAAAGGAGGGGACAUCGAGCCCGUCGAUGGGAUGAGGCGGUUCGCGGAGGAGUUCCGGUGGGAGUCCAAGAGGCUCUGGUUCCUCGCCGGCCCAGCCAUCUUCACCUCCGUCUGCCAGUACUCCCUCGGCGCCAUCACUCAGGCCUUUGCCGGACACGUGGGCACCCUCGAACUCGCCGCUAUUUCCAUUGAGAACUCCGUCAUCGCCGGUUUCUCCUUCGGGGUCAUGCUAGGCAUGGGAAGCGCCUUAGAGACGCUGUGUGGGCAGGCAUAUGGAGCAGGGCAGCUGGACAUGCUCGGAGUGUACAUGCAGAGGUCAUGGGUCAUCCUCAACACCACCGCCCUUCUUCUCUGCCUCUUCUACAUCUUCGCCACCCCAUUCCUGAAGCUCAUCGGGCAGGCGAAUCACAUAGCCGAGGCAGCGGGCACCUUCGCCCUCUGGAUGAUUCCGCAGCUCUUCGCCUACUCCAUGAACUUCCCCAUCGCCAAGUUCCUGCAAGCUCAGAGCAAGAUGAUGGCGAUGGCCGUCGUCUCGGUCAUCGCUUUGGUCCUCCACACCUUCUUCAGCUGGCUGCUGAUGAUAAAGCUCCGGUGGGGCAUGGUCGGCGCUGCGGUGGUUCUCAAUUCCUCGUGGUGGUUCAUCGUCAUCGCUCAGUUGGUCUACAUCUUCAGCGGCACCUGCGGCCGAGCUUGGAACGGCUUCUCAUGGAUGGCGUUUCAGAAUCUGUGGGGUUUUGUCAGACUCUCUUUGGCCUCUGCUGUCAUGUUAUGUUUGGAGAUAUGGUACUUCAUGGUGUUGAUUCUCUUCGCUGGUUACUUGACAAACCCGGAGAUUUCUGUCGACGCUCUUUCUAUUUGCGUGAACAUCUUAGGUUGGGCAGUCAUGGUUGCCAUCGGGUCCAACGCAGCCACCAGCGUGAGGGUGUCGAACGAGCUGGGCGCCGGCCACCCGAGGAAGGCCAAGUUCUCCGUCGUCGUCGUCGUCAUCACCUCCUUCCUCAUCGGCCUCCUCCUUUCCCUGGUGCUCAUGAUAACGAGAAGCGACUUCCCCAAGGCGUUCACCAGCAGCCCGCAGGUCGAGCGGCUCGUCAAGGAGCUCACACCUCUCCUCGCCAUCUCCAUCGUCAUCAACAACGUCCAGCCCGUCCUUUCGGGUGUGGCAAUUGGAGCGGGUUGGCAAGCUGCGGUGGCUUACGUUAAUGUGGGAUGCUAUUAUAUUUUUGGCAUUCCACUAGGCUUGAUCCUCGGAUACGUCCUAAACAUGGGUGUCGUGGGGAUAUGGUACGGAAUGCUUGGGGGGACGGUGCUGCAGACGUUCAUGCUAUUCUGGAUGACUUACAGAACUAAUUGGAACAAAGAGGCCUCAAUUGCAGAAGAUAGAAUAAGGAUGUGGGGAGGGGACGUAGUUAAGCGUGUCGACGAAGAAAAUAGGAGCUAGGCUUCAUUCUUUCAGAAUUUUUAUUUUCAUUUAAUUUUUGAUGAUUAAAGUGUUCUCACCCGCGGCCCUGUGCAGAAAGCAUGCCCGAUCCGAUCAAUGGUGUUGGAGAAAAUAAAUUAUUUGUGAUUUUCUUUUGGCCGAAAUAGAAGGGCAAUUAUUAUUUUCCUUUCAAAACUAGAACCAUGCAGUGAGUUGAGCUCUCAUGUUAUUUUAGAAUAAAAAGAAGUCGCAAAAUUUUUGAA